UGGUGCUAGCUCCAUGCGCGCAGCAAUUGUCUGGUCGACUGUAAUGUUGGGAUUUUGGUGCUAUCUUCACCGAUAUACAUAACCAAACAUUUUGGUACCGCAUUUAAAAAAUUAUAAAAUAAUUAGUUGUAAACAAAUGGCCGAGACAGAGGUGGCUACAGGCUCGAGUGUUGAGGUCAAAACAGAGCCCAAAAGUCCCGAGAGUGACGAAGAAGUUGACGAAAAACCAAUACCCUCCAUUCUUGACAGCAUUUCUAAAGAACAAAUCGCCAACUUUCAGCCGUACUAUGAGCGGUAUUUUGAAAAAAAGUACUGUACAAAAUUCACGACCGAAAAUGUAAACUUGGAUACCUGUGUUAGGGUUCACACUAACAAGGUUUGCGUGAUUUCUUUAUCAGAGAAGCACUCUAUAAUAAAAAAGCAUCAAAGAAUAAAAAAUCUCAACUUUCAAGUAAGCCUCAAAGUGAAUCGUUUAAAAAAUAACAUGUCAGGGAAAGGGAAGAGAGGAGCACAACUCUUGCAGCCUGAAUCCGUUCUAUGUUUCAUUGAGACUGAAGACGGUGAAAAGUACCCCGUCCAUGCAGGCAUUUAUGGAAAAUUGCUGGAAAUAAAUGAUAGGCUUUCGGAAAACCCUAACUUGCUUGUGGAUGAUUUAAAUGAAGGUUUUCUCGCGGUGAUUUUGCCUGAUUUGCGUCGACUUGAGGAGAACAUAAAGUCGCUAGUAGUUAAAGAGGAAUACAAUACGUAACAUUUAUUGAAUAAUGCAUUUUAUAACUUAUUGACUCUAACUAAUAAAUAACUCAAAGUA